UAGGUCCCAAUACCUGCGGUGGGGUCUGGCUCCUCCUGUGGGUCCAGUCCUGCCCACUUGCCUGGCCCAGGUGCGCAACUGGGGAGAGGGCCACCUCCCUGGGAGCCCAGCGCCCCCUGCCUGCUGCUCUCUGGAGUUUCUGGUGUCCGUACCUCGUUCCUUCCUCAGGCUCCCCGUUCGGUGUUCCUAGGGGCGGCACCUGGUCGCAGGGGUGGCUUCGCUGCUUUGCUCUUAUAGUGGCCUUGACUGUUUGGAGCAGCUUCUGGCUCCAGUAGAAUUGAGGGGAAGGAUUGGAGAGCUCCUGUUUGCAUGUAGCCGCCCUCAGGUCAGCGUCCCCACCAGAAGGAGGGUGCAUGGGUUCCAGCUGAUGGACCCGCACUGGUGCUGCAUCACCCAGAGCCCCCUCACCCUCCCCCCCAUCCAUGGGGUUCACUCCUGGUGCUGUGCCUGCCGUGGGCAUGGAGUAGGAUGUGUGCCCAGGACCGCAGGGUCACACAACGAUGGUUUCAUGGCCCCAAAGCUCUGCAGUCCUCCCCAAGUCCUCCCCCGCUGCCCCCAGAGGGGACCUGUCUCCUGUGUCCACAGCCCCGCCUUCUCCAGGACGCCCCACACUUGAAAUCACAGAGUGCGUGCCUGCUGGGAUGGGUGGCUUUCACCCAGUAACCCACCCCUCAGGUUCCCCCACGGCUCCUUGUGGUUUAGAAGCCCGUUUGUUCUCAGCACUGAGUCCUGUCCAUUGUGUGGACGGCCCAAGGUGUCUGUAGGCAUUCACAAUUCCCGGUUGUGGUAAAGCUGCUGUAAACCACCGAGUCGGGAUUUGGGGAUCUGCUUUGGGGCAGUGCCUAGAAGCUCCACGGCUGGGUUGUAGCGGAAGAGCAUUUGGUUUUGCCAGAAGCCGCCGACUGUACUGUCCUGCAAACCAGCUUCUUUGCCUUCUGCUGUCUUCCCUGGGAGCUGUCUCUUAAAGUCUCUGGCCUGCUUUUAAUCUGGUUGUUUGUUUCUUAUUGAGUUUCCAGGGCUCUUCUGUAUUUUGAACAACAGACGUUUGUCGGAUGUGACACUUGCUGGCUCAUCCUUUCAGGCCAGGCUGUGUGCUGUCUCAUUCCAACUAUGCAUGUGACCCCUACGUGGCCCUGAUGAUGCGGGACCCUCCCCGAGGGCUGUGGGCCCUCCCCGGGUACAGACCAUGUAGGAGAUGCUUCUCCCCGAGCUGGACGAGGCACCCGCCUUCCUUCUGGAGUGUGACAGUGCAGUGCUGGGCGCGCUGCAGGGGCACCUGGCUCUGUACAAGAUCCGACGGAAGGUCAAGGUGGAGCCGCACCCGGAGCUGCGUGUGUGGGCUAUACUGCCCAGUUCCCCUGAGGAGGCUGGUGGGGCUGUGCCGCUGUGGGAGCAGACCAACGGGGCCACCAUCCUCACCCGCGACCCUCGGACCGCCCGCAUGGGCUGGCGGCUUCUCACCCAGGAUGAGGGCCUGGCCCUGGUACCCAGGGGCCAGCUGGGAGACCUCCGGGACUAUCACCGGCACCGGUACCGGCAAGGUGUUCCCGAGGGGAUCCGUGACCUGCCCCCAGGAGUAGCCCUGCCCCUGGAGUCCAACCUGGCUUUCAUGAAUGGCGUCAGCUUCACGAAGGGCUGCUACAUCGGCCAGGAGCUGACAGCCCGCACCCACCACAUGGGCGUCAUCCGCAAGCGCCUCUUCCCGGUACAGCUCUCAGGCCCUCUCCCUGCCAGUGGCAUCACGCCUGGCACCACGGUGCUCAUGGAGUCGGGGCAGGUGGCUGGCAAGUACCGGGCAGGCCAGGGAGACGUGGGCCUGGCCUUGCUACGGUCAGAGAAAAUCAGAGGUCCUCUCCACAUCAGGACCUCUGAGAGCAGCCAGGUGGCCGUAACUGUGUCUGUGCCGGACUGGUGGCCCAUGGCCACCAAGUAGCCCCGGAUGCCCGCCACUCUCAGAGAUUCUGGAGCUGCCAAGGGAGCUGUGGAGGGCCCUGUCUGCUGGCCACGCUCUGCAGGCUGACCCUCACUGCCCACAGCGGUCCCCUGCUCUGGAGGCCCCCAGGUGUAGUGGGCCUCCCAGGGCCGCCGGUGUUGCGGGUGUGCAGGUGCGGUCCAGGCAUGGCCUGCCCACCGUGCUUCUCGUGGUGGGUUGGAGGCCCUGCAUGGGCCGUUGUGUGGGGGCUUCCCUGUGGCUGGGAGUGGCAGAAGCCCACCCUGGCCUGGGGGUGAGGAGGAGCCUGCUGCACAUCUGUUUCUGGGCUGAGCUGAGCUGUAGCCUCUGCUGUGUGAUGUUGGACAAGAUACCAGCUUUGAGGGUUUGCAGGUCAUUCCAGCAUCGACGCAGGACAAGGGCAGUCCAGCCUCGCCCUGGGGCUGCCUGCAUCCUUCUGCAUCUGGGGCUGGCCAAUAGAACAGGCGGGCUCUGGGCACUGCCUUCCCUCAUGCCAGCCCUCCACAUCUGCCCUGGAGCUGCCCUGGGCCUGGACAGCAGGGCCCAGGAUGGAGCUUCUGCUUGGUUUACUUGCUGCUGGUUUGAGAUGUGGCCAAGGUUUCUCAGUUGGGGGUGACUUUCCUCCCCGCUUGAGACCACUGACUUCCGUUGUCCUCUGCAAUGUGAACCUCUAGUGCUGGGGUGUCCUCUUGGAUGUUACAGGGUGGCUAUUAAAAUGUGACCCACAAGUA